CUGGUGCUUCUUUUUGAAAGAUUCACCGGGCAAGGAAGGAUAGUCCAAGCCUUUGAGUAUAGUGUGUGCCAUCUGCUGUGAAAUCUCUCCAGCGAGAUCUAUUUAUGAAUGGAGGGAGUACUAAUAAUAAUAGAAUAUGCCAACGAAGAACAAAAUAUUCAACAUAAAUUUGUAUUUUUUUUUCUGGAAAAAAGAAGUUUCUAGAAUGAAUUAUAUUUUGCCGCCGGGGUCAAAAUAGAGAUAUAUUAUUAAUUAAUUAUAAUAAAUACCUAAAUAUUCGGUGUCAGUUAUUGACCAAAAAUCUGCUUUGGACCAGUUUAGUCGGUUCGUUCAUCAAAGCCGGUAUGUAUUUAACACAAGUUGCGUUUUGCGAUAGAGCUGUUCGGAAGAUUGUAAAAUCUUGAGAACUUUUUUAGUCGUGUGUGUGGAGAGAAAAAGCAAACAAAUGGCAGGAAAAGUGAUCAGUCUGAAAACCACUCAGGAAUGGGAAGAACAACUCCAGAUGGGUAAAGAACCCCAGAAACUGGUUGUGAUUGAUUUUUCGGCUACGUGGUGUGGACCUUGCCGUCUAAUGAGCCCGGUUCUGGAUGAGUUGGCCGGGCAACAUCCCCAAGUCACCUUUCUCAAAGUCGAUGUGGAUGAUCUCAGGUCUGUGGCUCAACAAUGGGGAGUGGAGGCGAUGCCGACGUUUGUGGUGAUGAAGGAAGGAAAAGUUGUUGAACGGUUCUCCGGUGCUGAUAAGGACAAGCUGAUUCAACUCGUCACCAAACACCUGAAUCAAUAAAAUUAUUUCCAAAUGAUUUGAUGCUGCUUCUUUUUUCUCUUUCAAUUAUAUGAAUGUUUGUAUUUUCCCUUUUGAAUUGAAAUACUAUGAAAAAGGAUUAUAAAUCUAUCUUACAGUCAAAUUAUAUCUUCAAAGCAUCUCCUGGAAUUGUACAGUACUCCCUCCUUCCCAUAAUUAUUGUCCAGACAAUAAUUUUGAAACAGGAGUAAAUGAAAACAAUUUAUCCAUAUGAUGCAAGCUUAUAGAUCAUUCUUCUAAUUUAAAAGCUAAUCUCCUCCUUCCAUUGGUAUUUUAAGGAUGCAAAUGGAUCAUGUUUGUAAGCCCAGAUUAUUACAAGGGACAUGAACGCACAAGAAAGAUAAGGAAUAAUAUUUAGUUAUUAUUCUUCAAAAAUCAGCACAGAUCAUUACAUCCAGGGAACCAUUAAGGAAGCAUACUACAUCCAGAAACUCGGGACAACCAUAACAUAACUUCUCUUAAAAACAUUCACCCAUUUUUAUUCAAGAUAUGUCCCCUAACUGAAACAGAUAUCAAGCACUAGAGGAGGUGGCUGCAGCAGCAUGUUUAGUAAUGGUCUGGGUCAGUUCAUCCUUCUUUGCACCAACAAAUUUGUCCACAACUGCACCUUCUUUGAAGAAGAGAAAAGUCGGCAUGGCCUCUAUGCUAUACUCCUUAGCAACCUCCUGGCAAACAUCAAAAACAAAAACAAAUAAUAAUAAUAAAAGAGGUGAGAAACAUCACUUGGAACAGAGGGUGAUGAAAAAGGUAAAGGUUUCUACUCAGUCGCAACAGAAAAAAAAAAAUGAAAUGAAUAUAAACCACCUCCAGUUCGUCAACGUCCACUUUCAGAAAUAUGACAUGUGUCAUUUUCUUGGCUAACUCCGCAAGGACAGGCGCAAUAAAGCGGCAAGGUCCGCACCAUGAAGCAGUAAAAUCAACCACAACCUAGGUCAAAGUGAAUAUGAUAACGUUAAUGUCAAUUGUGAAGGAUACCAGUGUCUUGCGACUUAAACAUCAAAGGCUCAAUUUCAUAACGGUUACAUGGGUAGCGAAACAUAGAAGAAUGAAACAACACAGCUGUGGAGUAAUAGACUAUACGACAACAAAUUACCAAAUUGGUAUGGAAUGGAUCUCAAAAAUCGGCAAAUGGAAACAGCCUCUUCCAGCAUUUAUUUCUUUUAUAAAUGACAGACAAAAGUACUCAAAUCAACCCAUUCUGCAACCGCUGUGAACAUCAGUUUCACGGGCUACAUACAUCUUCCUUUAAAACUUAAACCACACGUCUCAAAGGAAGUGUACAUCCUCUCCUUCCUAAAUCCUAAUACAGUAUAUGAUGAAAUGAAGAUAAAGAACAACAGAGUUUACAAGUUCAUGUCUAUCACCAGUUAAGUAUCCAAGCAUACGAGCUCCCUCAGCACACUCAUUAAAUUAGUUGAAGAGACAUUUAAUUCAAAUAGGCAGAUCUCCAAGUACAACUUAACCAGAAUCGGCGCAAGUCGUUCAAAAUAUUUCAUCUUCUAGCGACAGCGAAGAAAAUAAAUAAAGAAACAUAAAACUUGCAAAUCUUACAUGCAGAAGGGCUAACUAUAAACAAUUAGGGUUCCCAAAUAGUAUUUUUCAAGCAAUCUCAACCAACCAUAGGGACAACUUUGUUCUCGACCAUGAAUGAGGAUCUCACUCCAAACUAACGAGACCAACAAAUUAGAUAGUCUCCACCAAGCUCACCCUCAAUGCAUACUCUUGAAAAACUCAGUGAAAAAAAUACAAAAAAAUACUUUUUGAAACCAGCAAAAAAGACAUAUCUCCUUCCCCUAAAGAUAGAGCAAAUAUAAUAGCCUCCGAUAAAUCAGAAUGGUAAACCUUACAGGACUGGGAGCUACGUGCAUUAAAGGGGGAAAACAACAUACACUAAAAAGAAAUCAAAAUACAAGAGAAGCAAUUGACAUAAACAAGAUUAAAUUGGAUCCACACGAAUCAGUGAGGCAGACACAAAAACGGAAACCAUAAUAACCUAACACAUGAUGAUUCGAACUAAGAACAUAGUAAACCUAAUUCACAAUCCGAACUAGACGAAAAUUCAGAUUAGUAAACAAAUUGACCCAUAAAAAUCAUAACAUAAUCCACAAAAAGACCAUAGCAUAAAUGAUUCUUCUGAAGAUCAACAAGAACCCUGAUUUUUUAGGGAAAAAAACCUCCAAAAAAAAAAGCAACUUAAAACCCAAAGAAAUCAAACUAUAAAAAUUGAAUACCAGCUUUUUGGAUUCCUUGCCCUUGUUAAAGCGAUCAACCCAUUCCUGCUUAGUGUGGCAGCUAAUCACUUGUCCUUCCUCCACCACUGCGGCCAUUUUUCCCGUCCAAAUUACCGAACCUUCCACUAGAUUCUUUUCUUUGUUUUUUGCCUUGUGUGUUUUUCGCUUGCUUUCAACGCUGAUAAAGAUACCCCCCUCAAUGUAGAUAAUGCCCCCCCUUAUAUAGAGAGUCAAUGUCCAAAUUUUUAAAUAAAAAUUAAAUUAAAUUAAAUUAAAAAAAAAUGGACGGUGCAGUGCAGAGAUAUUUGAUAAAAACUCUCUAUAAAAAGACUACUACCUUGACGAAUUAGAAUAUGCCCCAAAAAAUUGUGGAAAAGUCACGAAAAAGCAUAUUUCAAUUGGGCCUCAUUUGGUGUGACUAAAGCCAUGACAUACCGUAUUGGCGGAUGUAUUAGUGUAUUACAGGUUUUACGACAAAUUGGGCCACCUUUUGUGACGUGUGGUCAUAUGUCAUGUAUCUGGUCAACUCUCGAAAAAAUUGCAAUAUCAAGAAGGGAUGUGAAGGCAAGGAAAAAUUGCAAUGAUUUGGAGUACAAAUU